AUGUAUGUACUGACUCCACCACUUUUUGAAUUACUUGCUAAACAUAUUCAAUUAACAAAUUCAAAAUUAGCUCGACAGUAUCCAUCUGUUCAUUAUGGUUUACUUAAAACACUUAAUUCACAUUGUGCAGCAGUCUUGUGUUUAGAGAAUCAUAAACCUAGUGAAAACCGUUAUUCCACCUUAAAUCUAUUCUUUCUAAAUAAUUAUUUAGUCUAUUCGAAUGAAGAAGAAAUCGGUAAUUUAUGCUGUCGAUUAUUAAAUAAAAUUGUUGAACGACAACGUGAUCUUGAUGUAUCAUUUUUAGUUCGACUGAAGUUGUUUUUCUUUAUCACAAAUAAAUCUACAUGUUGUGAAUGGCUUAAUCGUUUUCGUAUUCCGAUCAUUUUAACUGCUUUACGAACUGGCCAAUAUGAAUCAGCUGCACGAAAUUCUAAUCAAUAUUUAUUACAUACUUGUUCAUUAGGUCAAGCUGAGGUAUCGGAAUUCGAAUUUGUAAUAAUAUCAUUUGUUCAAUCACUUAUUAAACUGCAUAAUAGUAUGACUAUUCAUGGAAUUUAUGUAUGGUUAAAAAAUAUUCAUCAACUUGAUUGGUCAUGGAUACAAGCUUGUGAACAUGAAGCUGCUGAAAAUCUUGAACAAGCAGCUUAUGAAUAUAAACUAUUCUUAAAUGAACAUUUUAAAAGUCUAUCAAUAAUUAAUGAAAAAAAAACAAGAUAA